UGUAACACCCUAACUAUGAACAAAAAUGAAACGUCAGAAGAAAACAUUGAGAAGAUGAUUAAAAUGGGCUCAGAUGUUGAAGCUGUUCUUCGUGAGGAGGUACUGCAAGUGGAGCAUGUUGAAGAAAACAAGCUCUUGCUUCGACCCAGAGAUGGUCUCCUACUGGAAAAUGUGCCGUAUUGUGAUGAACCCAGGAAAAAAUCAUGAAAAUCUUAUUUACUAAUUUUUGUGCAUCAGCA